AUGGUUACCGCCGAAACUAAUGGCACUUCCGUGCCCAUGGAAAUCGCCACAGUAUCAAUUCUAGGGAAAGAUACAAUUAAGGUUGGGUAUGACCUCAUUCAUGAGAUUACCUCAGAUAUUCUGCAAAAUCUCAAGUCGACAACCUAUGUCCUUAUAACCGAUAUCAAUAUUGGACGCAUUUACCUUCCACGGAUCGAAGAAGCUUUCGAGCAGGAUUCACAAAAGUAUUCACCAAAUGCUCGGCUACUCACUUACACUAUCCCUCCCGGCGAAGCUUCGAAAACUCGUGUCACAAAGGCCGAAAUUGAGGAUUGGAUGCUAUCGAAAGAAUGCACUAGAGACACCGUGAUCAUUGCGCUUGGUGGAGGUGUGAUUGGUGACAUGAUUGGAUAUGUUGCUGCAACUUUUAUGCGUGGUGUCAGGUUCAUUCAGGUACCAACAACACUACUUUCGAUGGUGGAUUCAUCAAUUGGAGGUAAAACUGCAAUUGAUUCGCCACAUGGAAAGAACUUGAUUGGAGCGUUUUGGCAGCCGGAGAGAAUCUAUAUUGAUUUACAAUUCCUGGAAACAUUACCGGAGAGGGAGUUUAUCAAUGGAAUGGCGGAGGUUAUCAAGACUGCCGCUAUCUGGGACGAGGAGGAGUUCACAAAGCUCGAAAAGAGUUCGGAUGUGAUACUUCAAGCUGUCAGAUCAAAGAUCACUGCUAUUCAGGAGGGACCAUCGCGCCUAUCACCAGUCAAACAACUACUCAAAGAAGUUGUCCUCGGCUCUGUUCGUACUAAGGCUCAUGUCGUCUCCGCCGAUGAGCGUGAAGGUGGACUCCGUAACCUCCUCAAUUUUGGUCAUACAAUCGGACAUGCCAUUGAGGCUAUCCUCUUCCCCCAGAUGCUUCACGGAGAAUGUGUCGCAAUCGGUAUGAUCAAAGAGGCAGAGCUCUCCCGCCAUCUUGGACACCUGAAACCAAGCGCUGUCGCGAGGAUAUCAAAGUGUCUAACUGCUUACGGACUCCCAACUUCUCUUGACGAUAAGAGAGUCAAGAAGCUUACGGCUGGUAAACACUGUGAAGUGGAGGAAAUGAUUAGAAUCAUGGGAGUAGAUAAGAAAAACGAUGGUCGUAAAAAGAAGGUUGUUCUAUUGACCGCUAUUGGAAAGACUCUUGAAAGGAAGGCAUCCGUCGUCCUCGACGACGCUAUCAGAGUCAUUAUGGCACCCAGUGUCAUAGUCGAUUCGCAAAAGUCAGUCAUCCCAGAACUGAGCAUCACACCACCUGGGUCAAAAUCAAUCUCAAACAGAGCUCUUGUGCUCGCUGCCCUUGGCACUGGCACUUGCCGGAUUAAAAACCUCCUCCACUCUGAUGACACAGAGCACAUGCUCACUGCCCUUUACAAGCUCGGGGGUAUGCAAUUCUCCUGGGAGGAUGAUGGCGAUACAUUAGUUGUAAACGGCAAUGGAGGUAAACUCACAGCAUGCGGUGACGAACUAUACCUCGGAAACGCCGGUACCGCAGCAAGGUUCUUGUCCACGGUUGCUACCCUUGUGUCCCCAUCAACUGAAAACGACUCCAUCGUUCUCACCGGUAACGCCCGUAUGAAGCAAAGACCCAUCGGGCCCCUCGUGAAUGCGCUCCGUUCAAACGGAAACACAGUCGAUUACCUUGAGGAUGAAGGGUGUCUUCCCCUCCGUGUACCAUCAACUUCAGGCUUUGCAGGUGGAAAGAUUGAAUUGGCUGCUACAGUCUCUUCGCAAUAUGUUUCCUCGAUCUUGAUGUGUGCGCCGUAUGCCCGCCAGCCGGUCACAUUAUCACUUGUGGGCGGAAAGCCGAUUUCGCAGCUUUACAUUGAGAUGACAACCGCAAUGAUGGCGUCUUUCGGAAUCCAGGUUACAAAGUCUGAGACUGAGGAAUACACUUACCACAUCCCGCAAGGAACAUACAAGAAUCCCUCUGAAUACGUUGUCGAGAGCGAUGCUAGUUCAGCUACCUACCCAUUGGCCAUUGCAGCUAUCACCGGGACUACCGUUACUAUUCCCAACAUUGGAAAGAAGUCGCUCCAAGGUGAUGCUCGUUUUGCGGUUGAUAUACUUCGCCCGAUGGGCUGCGAGGUUGUGCAGACCGAUUACUCUACCACCGUCCGUGGCCCUGCAAAAGGACAGCUAAAGCCAAUUCCACAAGUAGAUAUGGAACCCAUGACUGAUGCCUUCCUUACCGCAUCUGUCCUUGCUACUGUGGCUGUCGGCUCUGAACGCACGAAUAUUACCGGCAUUGCAAACCAAAGGGUUAAGGAAUGUAACCGGAUCGCAGCAAUGGUCCAUGAGUUGGCCAAGUUUGGUGUCACCGCUGGAGAGCUUGAGGACGGUAUCUGGAUCGAAGGAAAAGAUUAUAGUACUCUUCAGAGCCCCGUCGAUGGUGUGCACUGCUACGAUGAUCAUCGUGUGGCAAUGAGUUUCUCGGUGUUGUCACUUAUAGCGCCGGAGCCCGUCAUUGUGUUAGAAAAAGAGUGUACGGCAAAGACAUGGCCUGGAUGGUGGGACGUCCUGGCUUCCAGUUUUAAGGUCGCUCUUAACGGCACUGAGAUCAUCGAUCAUUCCGAACCCAGCAUCAUUAAAAAGGGAAACAACGCUUCCAUCAUUAUCAUUGGUAUGAGGGGUGCUGGAAAAACUACUAUGGGAAAUAUCGCAACAAGGAUAAUGCAACGUCCGCUUUUGGACCUUGAUGUAGUGAUGGAGGAGGAACAAGGGAGGGUUAUUCCCGAUAUUGUCAAGACUGACGGGUGGGAAGGGUUCCGCCAAAUUGAAUUUGACCUCUUGAAGAGGAAGAUGGCCGAACAUCCCACUGAACACAUUAUUGCUUGUGGUGGCGGUAUUAUCGAGACCCCUGAGGCGAGGGAACUAUUAAUACGCUAUCACCAAACCGGCGGAAUCGUUAUCCAUAUCCACAGGAAUAUCGAGAAUGUCAUUGAUUUCUUAAACGUUGAUAAGACUCGUCCUGCGUUCUCGGAAGAUCUUCAUAACGUAUGGCUUCGCCGCAGGCCCUGGUACGAUGAAUGCAGUAACUUCCAGUACUACUCCCCAGUUGUCAGCGCGGAGCAUCUAGAUAUUGCCCAAGCGGACUUUGCAAGAUUUCUCCAUGUCAUCAUUGGGAAAGCCAAUUACCACGAAAAGUUCUUGAGACGAGAGAGAACUUUCUUCGUUUCCUUGACUUAUCCUGAUAUUUCGCAGGCCAUAGAUAUUGUUGGUCCUGUUACUAUCGGGGCUGAUGCUCUCGAGAUCAGAGUUGAUCUUUUGGAGGAUCCUAAUGGCGAGUAUGGUGUUCCAACAAUAAAGUUUGUCUCGGAGCAGUUGGCACUCCUGAGGAGUAAGACGCAGCUUCCAGCAAUCUUUGCUAUCAGGACGGUGAGCCAAGGUGGACGCUUCCCCGAUGAUGCUCCCGAGAAAGCUUUAGAGUUUUUCCUUACCGCGAUAAGAAUGGGGUUAGAGUAUAUUGACCUCGAGAUGUCGUGGCCCUUGCUUGUCAUCGAGAAGGUUACUGCUUCAAAGAACCACACCAAGAUCAUCGCAUCCCACCACGAUGUCCAAGGUCACCUUCGCUGGAAAAACGCGAGUUGGGUAUCUAUCUUCAACACUGCUCUGAAGUUCGGAGAUGUCAUCAAACUCAUCGGUGUAGCAAACAAAUUACAAGACAACUUCGAUCUUCAGAAUUUCCGUGAAUGGGCUAGCUCACGGGCAACCCGUCUCAUCGCUCUCAAUGCUGGUGAGAAGGGUAAGCUUAGCAGAAUUCUGAAUAUGUUCUUGACACCCGUUACGCACCCGGCGCUCCCAUUCAAGGCUGCCCCUGGGCAGUUGACAGUGUCGGAGAUUCAUCGUGGCCUCUGGUUGAUGGGUGAGAUUGAGAGGAAGCAAUUCUACCUCUUCGGGAAGCCAAUUCAACACUCCCGAAGUCCCGCCCUUCACAAUCACCUAUUCAAAGAUAUGGGUCUUCCUCAUCACUACCAGAUCUUUGAGAAUGAUACUGUCAACGACGAAGCCACUCGAGCCAUCCUCUAUGCCGAUGAUUUCGGUGGUGCUAGUGUUACGAUCCCGCACAAACUCAAUAUUAUGCCACUUCUUGAUGAGAUCACCCCCGAGGCCGAGAUGAUUGGAGCAGUCAACACUGUUCUCCCAGUCCUUGUCAAGACUCGUGGGGAGACGAAGAGAAAGCUUGUUGGUUACAAUUUCGACUGGGUUGGUAUCAAGACUUCACUUUUCCAGGGAGGUGUUCGUGACACCUACGAUGACCCAGGCAGUGCACUUGUCAUCGGUGCUGGAGGUACUUCAAGAGCGGCCGUUUAUGCUUUGCAUAACAUGCGCUACAAUACCAUUUACAUCAUCAAUCGUAGUGUUGCGAAUCUCCAGCCCAUCAUCGAUGCUUUCCCGGCUGAGUACAACAUCAUCGCUGUCAAGACACUCGAGGAGGCACAGGCUAUCUCCGUAAAACCAGUUACUGCGGUUUCUACAGUUCCGGCCGACAAACCCAUUGAUGCCGCAACUAAAGCGAUUCUUACUGAGCUAUUGAAGGUCAACCCCACUGAUAGCCAAAAGGAGAGGGUGUUGGCGGAGAUGGCAUACAAGCCAAGACAUACUGAAGUUAUGGAGCUUGCUGAGGAGGCUGGGUGGAAGACAGUUCCAGGGUUGGAGGCAUUGACUGGGCAGGGUGUAAAACAAUUUGAGGUGUUCACCGGUGGGAUCAUCCCUGACUAUGAGCAGGCUCGUCAAGCCGUCUUGGGAGAUGAAAAGUAUUAG